AUGCCAUCAGGAUAUGUGAAGAGUGACAUGGAGCGUCUGGGUGUCUUCAAAGAGAUGAGCUACAUCUCUGUAGGAGACAAGUACACCCCGCCCCACAACCGUCCUUUUAAUGAGUCGGCCCACCGCAGCAGACAGAUGCUGGCGGGGGUUUCUAAACAGCGAUGUGCUCUACAGAACGGCUUCUUCGAUCAGUCCUUCAAACGGAUAUUUGAGCGAGAAGCUCUGAGUGACCCUGUGAGACUGGCUCGACAGAACCGCAACCAGCAGAACAACAAGAACCUGGGCAAGGCCUUCCUGCCCUGUAACAGGGUCACACAGCCCUGUGGGUCAGGCAGUUACUACGGGACUCUGUCAGGACCGCUGGAGGCCAUGAGUCCGCUGUCAGUCACACAGAAAGCCCACCGCUCUCCUGGACGCAACAUCGUCACCUCCCCCUCCAAGAAAGGCAGUGGUUACAGCUAUCCCAAUGUGACUCUGUCCAGAAUUGAGUUGUAUGCGUCCGACCCGUACAGCAGAACCAGAGAAGUUCUGAAGAAGGAGGCAGCAAUCCAUCACUCCAAGUUAAAAGAUGGCCCCUUCAGACUCAACCUCCAUCCAAGAGAUUAUUUCCAAGGCAACCCAUACCGCAGUGACAAGCCCCUCCCACCCGCAAACAAGCCCCUCCCAUCUGACCAGAAGAUUUCUGUAGUCCCCUUCAAGCCCCCGUCCCCCAACAAAAAGAUUGGAGGAAUGAAAGCAGGGACGUUUGGCUCCUACCCCAUGCAUUCUGCUGAUCCAUACGCCCUCCGCCGAUCCAAAAAAGCUGUUCAGGAGCCAGUGUUCUAUCCGGCUCCUGGUCCCAAGAGCAUACCUGUCAAGAGUAUCAUCUCUGUCAAUGUGAACAGGAAUGUGCACUCUUCAAACUACACCUCAACUGUUCCAGCUGUGAUGACCUUCUGACUACAUUACCCACACUGCAGAAACUGCAGACCUUACUCUAAUCUAAUAUUUAGAUUUUAAGUCUAGUUAGUCUUGUUGUGACUACAAGUGCUUAAUUGCUUUAAGAAGAUACUAAAGCAUCCUGAAGUAAAUGUUACUUGUACUAGUCUUUAUAAACAACAAUGUUGAGGUUUUUUUAAGUAGGUGGUAGGGGACCUGUCUGCGAAAAAUGUAAGACCAACACUGCCUGAUUUUUGCGACCAUCAACCAUAAUAUUUCUUGGUAUAGAACUCUUGAAAACGUUUUUAUCCCAACAUGUUAGUCUUUGCCAUCUUCAGUGGCUUUGACCUUUGGCUUCUUUAUUUCCUUUUUCUCAUACUCAGUAACA